AUGGCGGCUCCGCUUGUCCUUCUGACAUUAUUUCUGCUCGACCUGUGCUGGUGCUGCUCCUCCUCUGUCCACGUCACUUCCGUCUUCCAGUGGGACGUGAUGGAUUUCAACUGGCCCUCUGAGGAGAAGAGAACCAAGGCCGUGCUCGACAAAAGCUUCAAACCUGAGAGUAUUAGUCCGCGAUACGCGGCCGUUUUCGGCAACAGACUCUUCCUCAGCCUCUCCAAAGAAAAUGGCGGCAAUCCCGUGUCUCUGGCAUGGCUGCCAACCAGAAGCACGUCAGCUUCAGAGCCGCCCAAACUCAAUCCUUUUCCAUACUGGCGAAUGCACGAAGGACCGAACCGCAGUGACACGAUAAUGCGGGCGACGGGUCUGGAAGUCGACCGACUCGGCAGGUUGUUGUGGGUGUUGGACGUGAGUUAUCAAAACUCGAAAUCAAAGCUCUGGAUCUUCAACCUGAAGGAAAACGAUGCCAUCCAUCUCGUGCAUCAGUUUGGCGACAUUUUCGGCCUGAACGACCUGGUGUUGGACGAGACGCCGGACGACUGGCUGGCCUACAUCACGUAUUACCUCUCCGACAACCUCAUUGCUUUCAGCUUGAAGACAAAUCAAUCGUGGCUCGUGGAAACGCAGGGCCAGAGAUUCGUCGCAAUCGCCAUUUCGCCUAAAAAUGAGCAGAUUUAUCUCAGCAACCACGGCUCCAAGGAAUUGUAUUCGAUCGGCUCGGGAAGCUGA